CACUUUCUCAGAAAAGAGCAUUUUUUUAGUCUGUGGAUGUCCCGUUUCUUCUCCAGGCCCUUGAGGGCUAGCAGUAGAAAUCAUCUCCCUGUCUCUCUCCUCUGCCCCCGCCAGUCCUGCCCCUCCCCGGGGCCCUGUAAACGUGUCCCCGUGGAGAGCAGGGCGCAGCCCCUGGGUUUGUGUUCCAUCAGCAGAAUCUGCUGCUUGUUUGGGAUGCCCCUGUCCCUGCUGUGCUCCCCGAGGCUCUGGGCUCUCACAGGCGUGCUGAUCCCCCUGGAAAGCUGCAGGGAUGGCUCCGGGCUGUGUGGGGAUGCUGUGGGGCUGCUGGCUCCCGCAGGUGCCAGGUGUGUGUGCCAGGGGUGGCUGUCCCAGCUGGCAGGGACGGCGGGCACUGCGGCCCCUCUGCCCCCAGCCCAGCCGGGGGGCUCAGAGCCGUCGCUGCAGGAGGGAGCAGGGCUGUGCCAGGAGGAAGCUCGGCCCCAGAGGAGCUCCCUGCAGCCCUGCAGCCCUGCCCGCGGGUGCCAGCCCUGCCAGGGCCCUGGUGGCACUGCAGCCCGGCACACCCUGUGCCCCUGUCCCCCGGAGCUGUGGGAAGAGCUGGGCUCGUCCUGCCCUGAGCUCGGGGAAGGGCAGCGGGGUCGGGCCAGGGGAGGGGACACGGACUGGCCAGAGAGGGGACAGGGCUGGCACAGGCAGGGGGACCCAGGGCUGGGCAGGGGGCUCGGGCUGCUGGGGCAGCCGUGGGGAGGGACAGAACACUCCAGCGCUCCAGCUGGGGAGGCCACAGCUGGGAACAAACCACCCGGAGGGUUUGGGAUCAAGCACUUCUUUUCUAAAGGCACAGGAAGAAGAUUUUAUAUAUCUAUAUCUAUAUCUAUCUAUAUCUAUGAAUAUAAAGCUGUGGGCAGUGCCAGUGCUGUAACGCAGAUCGCUCGGGUUCUGACUCAGGGUCCUGCAGGUUCCAGGGCUCCCCUCCCACGCCCCAGGUGCUGCUGUGGGAGGUGCAGUCCUGCCUGCACAGCUCCUCCUGUGCUCCUGCUGCACUUCCAGCCAGGAGGAACCUCGCUGCCUGCAGGGCUCCAUCACCCGGGCUGGCGGGGGUGCCAGGGAGCCCUGGGGUCCCCAGGAGCCCCCGGCCGUGUUUGGGGUCGGGGGUGCCAGGGAGCCCUGGGGUCCCCAGGAGCCCCCAGCCGUGUUUGGGGUUGCGUGCACCUUACAGCAGCUGAAAAAGGAAGCAAUACGUGUCCAGAGGGGUGGAUAGGCAGGAGCUGGCUGCAGGGGAACCCUCACAGCAAUACCCCUGCAGGUGGCUGGAGAGCAGGGCUGCCUGGGCAGCUGGGGUCACUCUGGGGUGGUUGGGGGCAGGAGGAGCCGUCCCUGUCCCCUCUGUCGGUGCUGCAGGGGGGCUCUGCCUGGGAAAUGCUCACUGAAGAGACCCAGCACUCCUGGGCUGUGCUGUAGAGCCAGCUCGGGGCUGAGGACAUUCCCUCCCCCUGGAA